AUGCCCUGUGUGGGAGUACUCUGGCACUCUACAGGCUGCCCGCUGCUGCCAGAGCUUCUUUCAUUUUCACUUUUCUGCGCGCUUUUUUGUGCAGCUCCACCCGAGCUCCAGAGCCCGCACGUCGCGGAGGCUCCGGGCGUGGUCUGCAGCAGCCUCGGGAAGGAGCCCCAGCUGCCCAGGCGGGAGCGCAGAGCUCGGGAACCGCAGCGCAGGAACCCGGGGCCGGCGGCCGGAAACUGCUUUGUGAGUGCAGCCAGAGCAGUGACUGCGGAGCAGGGGGGCUGGCAUCCGUCUGGGAGCGGGGUGACCAGCCAGGCCGUGUCUUGCCGAGCCCAUUUGGGCACAGGGACAGCUCUAAGUGCUGCCGUGGGUGCUGAGGACGAGCUGCUGCUGACCCCCUGUCCGCCGCAGAUGUCCCGGGAGCCGUGGCGGGCGCGGGCGCGCUGUGCCCCGCUGAUCCCGCAGGCCCGCGGCGGGCGGGCGCAGCGCGCCGUGUACGUGCUGCUGGGGCUGUGUGCCGGGGCUCUGCUCCUCGCAGGACAGCCCCUCGUGCCCACCGCCCGCAGCCUCGCCUUCCACUUUGCCACCCUGCAGAUCGGGGAGCUGCUCAAGGGCACCUGCUACCUGGCCGAGGAGAUCUUCCAUCUGGACUCCAGGCACCGUGGCAGCUUCUGGAGGGCCCUGAGCAGCUGCUUCCCCCCACGCUGGCACGGGCCCAUGCUGCUCGUCUGUGGCUCAGCCUACGUGGCUCUCCUCGGUGAUGGGCAGCCACUUGGCCUCCACCUCAUCCUGGCCAGUCUGUGCCAGCUCGUCAUCCUUGCCCUGGGGCUCCAGAAGCCCUCAGCAGUGGAGAUGUCUGAGAUGUGCGAGAGGUCCAAGCAGAAUGCUGCUCAUGGGCUUGCCUGGUCCUUUUAUGUUGGGUACCUAAAAAUAGUCCUGCCACGGGUGAAAAAGUCCAUGGAGGAAUUCAGCAGAGCCAAUCCCAACCUGCCAGCAUGCAGGAAGACCUGGAAGCUCCACAUCUUGAUCCCUCUGAGCUGUGAUAUCUAUGAUGACCUGGAGAAAGCUGACAGCAAUAUCCAGUAUGUGACAGAGCUCACUGAAACCAUCCUGGCCCGAGCUGGCAUCAAAAAGAGGGUCUACAAACACAGCCUCUAUGCAAUCACGGAUGAAGAAAACCAGCUGUGGCACUGUGCUGUGGAAUAUGCCACCCCGCUGCAGACCCUCUACGCCAUGUCCCAGGAUGAGUGUGCUGCCUUCAGCCGGGAGGAGCGUCUGGAGCAGGCCAAGCUUUUCUACAGGACCUUGGAGGAGAUCCUGAAAGGCUCCAAGGAGUGUGCAGACACAUACAGGCUCAUUGCCUACGAGGAGCCAGAAGAAGCAGAGACCCACUUUUUGUCCAGAGAGAUUGUGUGGCACUUGCGGCAGGAGCAUCACGAGGAGAUUGCCGUGCUCGAGCAGAGCCACCCGCACAGCCCAUCCACGGCCCUGGACUCGGCAGAGCUCAACCUCCAGAUCAGUGUGUCAGACCUGCCAGACCUGCCACAGCCCCUGCGCACUGAUGGCUUCUGACACAGCCCCUUGGGGCUUGGGUCACCCUUCCCCAACCCCCUUCCUGUUGGAGCAUGUGCUACCCAUGGCUGCAACCCCCAGCUCCCACCCAAACCUCCUGUGUACCACGGUUACUGGAGCAGCUGACUCAGCCCACAGCCCUGUGACAUGCUUCCCAUUUUCUUUGUUAUGUACAGCUGUGAUGUUCUUCUGUGGGUGUACUGUUUUUUUUAUC